AUGGAGGGGACCAUCACAACAGUCGCUCCUCUGAGGAACUUGACUCCUGAAUACGUGGACUAUGGGAAAGAUAUUGACCACAUCUGCUUUCUAUUACUUGAAUUGAAGGCAAUGGCUGUUGUGUGCAUGGGGGUUUCUCUCUGUGGACUUGUGGGGAAUGGCUUAGUCAUGCAGCUCAUGGACACCCAUGGGAAGCAGAACCGUUUCACUCACACCAUCACACAACUUGCUUUUCUUGACUUAAUCCUGCUCGCCAUCUGUUUUCUGCUCAUGUUGGCUACCUUGAGCUUACCUGCAUUUUGUUUUUAUGAAUCAAUUUCAUCAUACUUAAAUGUGGUAUAUUUUGCUGCAGUUCUGUGCCAGGUGUUUGGCCUCAGCAGCCUGGGUCUGCUGGCUGCACUGAGUGUGGAGCGGUGCCUGGAUGUUUUGUUUCCAACUUGGUAUCGUCACUGCUGCCCAGAGUCCUUCUCCAUCAUUGUGCUUGUUAUGCCUGUAGGUGUGAAUAUACUUUUUUAUUUCCUGAGGAUUCUUAACUCUACCUUUGCUGGAAGCUAUGCUGGAGUAAUUAUUGCCAUCUGCACCAUGUUUUCAUCCCUGAUGCUGGUUUCCAGCCUGGCCCUGUUCAUCAAACUCCAAUGCGGUUCACAGAGAAGACCCCCAGGGAAACUCAACGUUGCUGUCCUGCUCAGCAUGCUCUUCUCCAUUGCCCUUGGUAUUCCUUUCAUUGUAGAGGUUUCCAUCUAUCUUCCCCAUUCAUAUGCAUUAUUUCCAGAAAUCACAUCAAUGACAGCUUUUCUGCUGGGCUCACUGAACAGCUCCAUCAAACCAGCCCUUUAUUUCCUGAUGGGCAGCUGCCAGCAGUGCCGUUUCCAAUAUUCCUUCAAAGUCGCCUUCCAAAGAGUGUUUGAAGAGGAAGCCACAAGUGUGAACGGCCAGGUGCCUGGGGAUGCCAUGGUGGACACCAGUGUCUGAAGCCCUGUUGGUGAGGAGGCCUGGAGAUUUGGAGCCUUGCUGACAGGCUGUGCCUGUGUUGUGUUCCCCACUGCAAUGCUUGUCCCUGCCCUGGCUGCAGCCAAUAAACUUUGUGUC